CUGGUGGACAUCAGACUCCAACUCUGAAAUGGAGUGGCAGCACUCCUCUUUCUGGUUCCUCUGAAAGUACUUUUUUUUUUAGUAUAAGAGAACAACUACACAAGAGUGACAAGACCCUUCUUUCAAGACUAUUAAAUGUAAAAAGUGAGGUCCUCUCUAGUUCUCCAUUGCAAUUAACAGAGAGAGAGUGCAGAGGUUUUAGUGAGAAAAAAUGAAGAUCAUGGAAGAGAAGAAAGACAGAGCAGAGUUUGAGGGCUUGAAACCUUUUUGGGGUCUUCCUCCUCCUCCUUCAGUGCUCAAGCCCUUUGUGCAUGGCGGAGUCGCUGGGCUUCUCACAGGCUCUAUGAAUGGGGCAAUAGAGUACUCAGGAUUCCACAUCCUAAAGAACGUCCCUCUCUUUCGAAACCAUCCCACAUAUGUGCCCCGUUGGAUCUUUGUCAAGAUAAUCCCUGGUCUGGUUUUGAUUGAUGCUUUGGCUUAUAGUCAGCUACUUGGAAUUUACGAGAUUCUGAGACGAAGAGCAAUUGCUGCAAAUGAGGGUAUGCAGCCAAGGCUUUAUCAGGAAGCUGCUUGUGGGUUGAUUGCAGGAGCAGCUGGAACAUGUGUCAGCUUUCCAUUGUAUCUAGCGCUUUAUCGGAAGCGGUUUGAAUCUAUGGGGGCUGCUGCAGGGCGGUGGAGACUAAGAAGCAAUUUGUCACAUAUCUUCAGAUAUGGAAGUGUCACAUGGAAGAGGAGAGUUGGGUUAGGCAUGGGUAUGGUUGCUUCCUAUAAGCCAAGUCUCCAUUAUCUCGUGGAAUCUCGGGGUUUUAGUGAAGAGGAUGCAAAAUCUGGUGCAGGGGCUAUUUCAGCAUUGUCUGCUGCUGCAUGCGCUCUACUGGCACCAUAUGCUUGCUCCCUCGUUUUUGCACGUGAAACUCUAAGAUUAAGAGGACCCCUUGGAUUCAUAACAGGACUUUCUGGUCUCUGUUUUCACGAAGCGCCUAAGGUCAUGGUAUUCUGGGCUGUUUUUGAAGAACUCCAGAAAUAUUCCAAACCAUCAAUAGAAUCCGAGCAAUCUUAGCUCUGGCUGUUUUGAAAUGACAACUGAGGUUGGUUUGGCCAAACAUGUAUCAGUUAAUAGUCUUGAAUCGAACUGCGUCAUGUAUUUCCCACUUGAUCCUCACUUUCUGAGGCUAUUACAUAUAUGAUCGUUUUUGCUAGGGGUGAGUUCCCCAAUGGGCCAUUAU